CCUCACAAUUGUAACCCCUGUGCUAUUCUCAGAGAAAUCAGUUAUCUCAAUGCCAGACUGGAUUCACGGAGCAAAUGAACAAUGUGACGGAAUUCCUCCUGCUUGGCCUGACACAGAACCCAGAUGUACAGAAACUCUUGUUCGCUCUGUUUACCCUCAUCUACUUUUUCACUGUGGCCGGCAACCUAGUCAUCACUGUGACAGUCACCACUAGCAGAGCCUUAGGUUCCCCCACGUAUUUUUUCCUGUCUUUCUUGUCUUUCAUAGACCGCUGCUGCUCUUCUACCAUGGCCCCCCAGAUGAUAUUUGACUUACUUGCUCAAAAGAAAGCCAUCUCCUUCAGUGGGUGUAUGACUCAGCUCUUUGCAGAGCAUUUCUUUGGAGGAGUUGAGAUCCUCUUGCUCACGGUGAUGGCCUAUGACCGCUUUGUGGCUAUCUGCAAGCCCACAAUGAACAGGCAAGUGCGUGGCCUCCUGGUAGCCAUGCCUGGGGCUGGAGGAUUUCUUCAUGCUCUGAUCCAAAUUCUUUUUAUAGUCUGGUUGCCCUUCUGUGGCCCCAGUGUCAUUGACCAUUUCAUCUGUGACCUUUUCCCUCUGCUGAAACACUCCUGCAUGGACACUCACAUCUGUGGUCUUUUUGUUGCUGCCAACAGUGGGCAGAUGCGUAUGCUCAUCUCUUCUAUUCUUAUCACCUCCUUUGUGCUCAUCCUUUGCUCUCUAGGAACACACAGCACUGCAGGACAGCAGAAAGCUCUCUCCACUUGCACCUCCCAUGUUACUGCAGUGGUCCUGUUCUUUGUACCCUGUAUGUUUGCAUACCUUCAGCCCAUGAUCAUUUUCCCUAUUGAUAAAGUGGUGGCUGUAUUUUAUACCAUGGUAACACCCAUAUUAAACCCUUUCAUCUACACCCUCAGAAACUCAGAGGUGAAAAAUUCCAUGGAGAAGCUCUGGAGCCAAAGAGUAACCUUGGGUAACAACUUUUGUGAGUAG